ACAGCGGCAGUCAACGUUUGGUAGAGGGCGUGUCUGCCCUGACGUGCCAGUCAGUCGCUACUUAUUUUUUACAACUACAUCUCUCACGCUAUAUCUACUUAUGAACUCGCAGCUGAUUCAUUUAUUGAUGUAUAAUUGUAUAAUAUUGAGGUUUAGUUCGAAAAUCGGGUGUACUGUACUACUUUACUUUCCUGUAUACUUCUUCUACGUGCUUAUCAUUUUUCUAUAAAGGCGAAGAGCCAAGGAACCGAAAAAGGAAAAAGAGAACAAUCCACGUAGAAAAUGAUCUACUUUGCAUCCUUAUUUUCUAUGCCAUUUAUUAUUACCUAAGAACGACGUGCUCUGUAUACUCGUCUGGUCCGUUUUUUUUUUUUUUUCAGUUUUUUCUUUCUUCUUUUCCGUCACCAGCGCGAGAAUUUCUAACGUGCGGGAAACGAAUAUGUAUAAUUAAAAUUCUUUUAACGAUAUACGAGGAUUGAAGAGAAAUUUUCGAAUGAAUCUACAUACCGAGUGUGAAUAUGAAAAGAAUAAAAUUUUUAAUUAUAAAACACCGUUGUAAUUAAUCUCUUGAUCGCUGUUGUUUCAAAUUAUGCAAGCUAUCUUCUGCAGGGGAAGUUCAAAAGUUAUAUUAUAUGUAUAAGCUAUGCUUGUGAUGUUGAAAAUCCUGUGCCAAGUGUCUUAAUAAGUGAAGUAAAAAAUAUUAAUCAAGAUAUAAUUGUUAUGAUAAUAAAAUUUGUCAAAGUUUCAUUCCAUAUUAUCUUGCUUUCGUCGUCGAAUGUGUCGUUGAAACUUUAGAUCCAUUUGCUAACGGGUAAUGAUUACAAUUACAUUAUAUACACAUAUACAUGGUAACUGUUAUUGUUGUUGAAUUGUUACUAUAACCUAUUGGGGAUGCAUAAUAAAUUUAUCUUAUAAUAUUAAAAUUGUCAUAAAAGUUGUGAUCCUGUUGAGAGCAAAGUUUCCAAAGGCCUAAAAUAUCUAAUUCUAUAAAAUAUUAUUACAUUGCUAAGCAUAAUUCUUAACAUACUAUAGUCAUCGUUAUAGUAAUCUUAAGAAAUCGACGUAAUUAUUUCCAUACGAUAAAGGUUGAAUCUAUUUAUUGUCAGAGUGUUGUUUCCCACGUAGUUGUGUGACAAAAAGAGCACUAUUAAUUCAACGAAAAAACUCGCCCCACUGAAUUUACGUGAAUUUUAACUCAACCAAUUAAUAAGCUGUGCCCAACCGUGACUGCAGCAGCGGACCCGUUUUUCGGAUUAAAAAUGAGAUUCGAAGAACAAAAGUAAAAAGUAAAAACAAUAAAAAAGCGAACGCAGAGACCGUUCGAGAGGAGUGGUUUGAAUUUAUUUGACAACCAAGACUUUGAUUGGUGGUUACCCGGACAACUCGUGCGAUUUUGGAACGCCCGGGAAACUUUUUUGUUUCUGACUCGUUUUUCGUCUUUUCGUCUUCUUUUGUUUCAUUUAUUCAAUUUUUGUCAUUUUUCAUCAAAGACUUUGACAGUUAUGAAUAAAAGAAGAGCUUUACCGUGUUUGCCUGUAAAAUGUGGACGGUACGAAAAAAUACGAUUGUAAUUCGGAGUGAAACAUAAUUCAGAGUACCUACCGCUGAUAAAUCGACAACCAAUUAAUUUGGUGCUUUGACGAAUUCUCAAGAUGAACGGCGCGAGUUUCGUCGUAUAAAGAGCUGGUGCUAGAAUUCUUAAUAUCACAGCAAAUAUAAAAUUAUACAAAUGAAGUAAAUAAGGGAUGAGAUUUUCAUAAAUAAAACAAGAUAAGCCUGGAUUCCGUGGAGAUGUAAAUAUACUAAUUAAAAAUGAUUGUGAAUAGAAAGCACACAAUCGAGUAAAACUCGAAGACGAAGGUGCACAAGAGGAUAUCAUUGAAUUUCUUUCUAACACGUAAAUUAUGCCGCGCCUAUUUUCAUUAUCGAAUGAGUCUUCUGCAAAGGAAACGCACCUAGUAUUGGUCGAAAAAUUGUAAUAUAUCGUUAUCUAUUUUGACACGUGGUUAUAAAUGACAUAAAAUAAUCAUAAUAACAUUAAUAAUAAUAACAACGACAACAAUAACCACAACCAUUUAAUAGUAGUAAUAACAAUACUGAUAAUAAUACUAAUAAUAAUAAUAACAGCAGUGAUCGAACUGGAAGUGAAAUUGUGAAGGUAGAAUUUGGAAAGAGUAUUCUGAGUAGACAAUAGUUGAAAACGUUUUUCUCUCCAAAAUGGAGGUUGCAGCGUCAGCGGUACUGGACGGACUAAAAAACAAUCGAAUCGGCAAAUUGGCGCUCUCGCGAUUUCUGUCGCAGAGUCUAGCCCAACUGGAAACGACGGGGAAUCCCGGGAGCAAAUCACCGGCUGGAGGAAGCGGAGUUCCCGGGAGUGGUGGAGGUGGCCCUGGAGGAGUGACGGAACCUCGUACACCGACCGCGGGACCCCAGAACAAGCAACUUCAAAACGUCAAGGGCGACCAUCCCUCCAUGGCGUUCCUCCAGAGCAGAUCUGUCUCAUUAGUAGACAUGUACAUCGACAAUACGGAACCGAGCGAAAAUGUUGGCCAGAUACAGUUCAGCCUUGAAUACGACUUCCAAAACUCAACGCUCAUGCUGCGCAUCAUACAGGGAAGGGAUCUUCCGGCAAAGGACCUCUCAGGAACCUCCGAUCCCUAUGUGAGGGUGACACUUUUGCCGGACAAAAAACAUCGGCUGGAUACGAAGAUCAAAAGACGAACCCUGAACCCGAAGUGGAACGAAACCAUCUACUUUGAGGGUUUUUCCAUACAAAAACUACAGAGCAGGGUUCUUCACCUUCACGUAUUCGACUACGAUCGAUUUUCGAGAGAUGAUUCCAUCGGAGAAAUGUUCCUCCCAUUGUGUCAGGUGGAUCUUUCGGAAAAGCCGUCAUUUUGGAAAGCCCUAAAGCCACCGGCGAAGGACAAGUGUGGAGAACUUCUCUGCUCGUUGUGCUAUCACCCAAGCAAUUCAAUCUUAACCUUGGGGCUCCUCAAGGCAAGGAAUCUAAAAGCGAAAGACAUCAACGGAAAAUCUGAUCCGUACGUCAAGGUGUGGCUUCAAUUUGGCGACAAGCGAAUGGAAAAACGCAAGACGCCGAUAUUCAAGUGCACAUUGAAUCCCGUUUUCAACGAAUCCUUCUCCUUUAACGUACCCUGGGAAAAAAUACGCGAAUGUUCACUGGUCGUUAUGGUCAUGGACUUCGACAAUAUCGGCAGAAAUGAGCUCAUAGGACGUAUCCAACUCGCUGGUAAAAGCGGGAGCGGUUCUACAGAGACAAAACACUGGCAGGAUAUGAUAACCAAGCCCAGGCAAACCAUCGUGCAGUGGCACCGUUUGAAGCCCGAGUAAAAAAGUUCGUCCGAACGGUCCCACCCGAUGAUCAUCUACAACCCCCUACAAAAGUCGGGCGACGCAUAGCUGCAGCUCACUGCGAAUUUACUCAACUGAUAUACUGUGACGUUAUGGACAGGCACUGUUUGGUACUUUGGUCAAUCCUUUUGAUAUCAGGCCUUUUAAUAUCAUCGACUCGUUGAUGGGGUCGAUAGAUAUUAAAUGGCGAUGAGGAUUAGUAGCGGGAGAAAUAUACGGGGUGGAAAGAAUAUUUCAAUCAAGAAUAUUUCACACUGAUGACCCAACAUAAAUUAAAGCACUAAUUUCAGGGUCACCUUUCUGAUCUUCAACGACAUGUACCGAGGGUCUCAAUUGAAACGGAGGAUUUUGAUAACUCGCAAACUGAAUAAAAUGCGUGGACAAAUUUCUCAAUGAAAGUUGCUCAGUUCUUGUAUCGUUUUUAUAACGAUGAUAGUGUAGAUGAUGUUACCUUCUUUCAGACAAUACUUGUAACCAUUAUCGCGGCAAAUUGAAGUUUGUUUGAAUCAUACGAAAUUUCAUAAUUUUCAACUGAGUUACAGCGUCUCAAAGUGCCAAAAGUGAUCCGCAAUGGUUCGCCAGAGAUGCCUGGAUGCGAACAAAUAUCAUCAAGACGCGAACAUGGUUUGUGAAUUUCGUCGUACCUACUUUAUAAAUCGUUGGGAAGCUGUAAUUCAGCUGAAAUUUAUCGGAAUUGAAAAAUCUACAAACACUUUAAUUAGUCUCGACGAAUGGUACCCGUUUUAUUCGAAGAAACGAAAAUUCGGCUUCUAGAAUUAUCUCGAAAUUUUUUCUUCCCUUGCUGUGCUCCGUUUGAUUUACGAGUUAUUAGAAUCUUGCGUCGAAGUUUGAACACCCUUAUGAUGCAACGUGUGCCAUUUUUGCAACUGCCUGUCCAUUUGAAAUAUCUAUGAUUAAUAAUCGAUUACCUGCAAAUACGCGUGUUCGACACAGAUGCCUCAAGCGUUUGCUGAGCGACGUUAUAUACGUACAUUUACAAAUGUAAUUGUAGUGAAUCUACGAAAGUUUUCACGCAUUGACAUAUGUGCGAUAUAUUGUUAUAACAUGAUUGAACAUUUAUGUAUAGGCGUACCAUAAUAUGUGUAACUUAUACGGGGGGAAUAAAUAGAUCGUUCAAUUCACUGGCGUGGCGCCAGUAAAUUAAUUUUCUUCCGCGUAUAGGUAAGGGUUCGCACAUUAUUCGAUUUUACCAACAGUUUUUUAAUCCCGCGGCAUUUAUUAACCCUAUAAUAAUUGUUAUUCCGUGUGUUGUGAAGGCGGGAAAAAAAAAGAUUUCAGUAAAUAUACGCUAAAGAUACUUAACAAUAGUUACAAUAUGUUGAAUUAAAUUCGCGGUGCUCUUUUUCACCCAUCGUAGAAGAUGCCUGAAUCCUUGAUAUGUGAACGGUUGAGAUGAUGAUUCGUCGGCUCGGUACUUAUUCAUGUGAGGGCUGAUUUAAUACGAAUACAACGUUUUUGAAUAUUUAUUACGAAUACGUAUUACGUAAUGUUUUUUUUUUUAAUUUGUGUCAAGCUAGUCUAAAAGAUAAAAGAAAACCGAUAGACUAGGAUAGAAUCUGUAUCUCUCGUGAUUAUAUACGUGGAAAUCGUUAGCUCGAUAAAUUGUCAAAUAAUACUGACGUAUGUAUAUUUGAUUCGGUGAUGCUUGCGUAGUAGGCAAGAUUAGAGGAAAAUUUUUCUAUGUGCCAAGCCAGUGUGGUAAGUAUAGUUUCAUUUCGCUCAGACGACGAAUUUGCCAUCUGAGUCUAACAUCGAUCUAUAAUGUCGAUCCCCCAACCAUAAUUCUGUAAAAAAUGACGGAAUCCACUCUGAGUGUUUCACGCUUACAUUAUCACAGGGACCGUGCGCGAAACACACAUGUGUCGUUAGAGUGUGUGUUUCUUAUAGGGUGAUGAGCGCUGCCCGUGGCACAAAUUUUGAAAAACUUAUGGGUAUUUCGCGGGGUGUUGGUGACGGAACGAUCUCUUCCAUGAUUCACAAGCCUGCAGAUUUUCUUAUCUGUUAAAUUAGUUGACCGAAAUUACUUUCUUUUUGCAUUCUCUCCACCGAUUUUCCGUUCUACGAAAUACGCACAGCGAAUCUCUCAGUUAUUCAUUUGAUUAGGUUUUUUUAUUAUAAGAAAACGUAAAUUUCAAGUGAUUUGAAAUUAAGAUCGUUUCAUGAGGUGAAACCUCAAUUUGCAUUUGCCGUUUAACAAUCCAAGUGUAAAUUCUUUUAUGAUACCGUUGUAGGUUGUAAAUAUUCAUCCAUAAAUUUUAUAUUAAUUGAACACAAUCGAUUCAUUGUCAGAGUUGAAUAGACACUGUAUUCGGUUUCAAUUUCAUAUUACAUCAGAGUGUGAAGUUUCUUUUAUAUUUAUUUGUAACACUGCGAGUUGAGCGUUAAAAUGAAUUGUUCUUUUUAAAUAAUUUAAUGAAACAAAAAUUUGUUUCGCCUCCUUUAUUUUCUCCAAAUUAGACAAUCCUACAUCAUUCUGCACUAUUGGGAAGAGAGACAGAGAACAAGGCAGGAUGCUAAUAAGUAAAAUUUUGGUGAUUUCAGUGUUCGUAACAAUUAGUUCGAUGCUUUAUACUUGUCUACUAUAUAUUUUCUGACGUUGGAAGAUCUACCUACUACUCCUAGUAAUUGGGAAGUUCACGCUACGAAAGUUUAUGAAAAUCAGAAAUUAUGCGCGUCAUGUUUUUUGAUUCUCGAAAACUAUACAUCGAACUGAUCGUAACUAAUCACUGAAAUAAAGAUCCUGGUUAUCGAUAGCAAUUGACAAAGGAAGAAGGUAUUUUUGACGGAACUUUUGUAUCGAAAAGUGGAAGAUAUUUCGGGGAAUUUCAAAUAAUAAAUUGUGAUCGGUGUACCUUAUUAAAACACUAACAAUAUUACUACAGUGUAUUCGGUUAUCUGCCGUAGUUGAUUUUAAUCUGUUUUAACUCUUUAUCAAAUAAACUGCUGCUGUUGAUAGCGUACCAUAUUAAUUAUUGCGCGCAAUGAUAGUAAAUUGCCACAUAGCAAAGAGGAAUUAUAAUAAAAACGAAUCCAAAGUUAUCCUUCCAAGUAAAUUGUAAUAGUUCAUUCAAAAUGUGAGUGUGUAAUCAGAAAUUUGAACCGAUAAUUUCAACUAUAGCAGAAACGCGCAACUGUAUUGCUAAAAUGUGAACGAAUAAGGAGAUAUACAGUAGAGAUUAGUAUCUAACGUAAAGCUAAAUAAAUAGUCUAUACAUGAAAUAUGAAUAAAACAUAAGUAAAUGGUUAUAUACAUGAAAAUGAGUAUAUAUAAUAUAUGGGUACAUAUAUGUACACGCAUACAAUGCAUAUACGUGUACAUAUGUUACAAAUAAGUAAGUAUAUUGCGUAACACAAAGAUAAAUAAUAUUUGUAUGUUGUAGCCUGUAUAUACACACGACAAAUGUUGCCCGGUUUUGAAGUAAUCAAGAAAAGACGGAAAUACAGAAAAUAGAAAUUUUUUUUUAAUUUCUUUUCGAGACCAUAAAAAACGAGCUAUAUAGAUUUUUUUUAUAUGAGUAAGUUUAUAUAUACGUGAAGAAAAAGAUAUAUCAAUACGUUCAAUGCGUAUUAUCUUGCAGCUCGUAAUCCAUCGAUAAAUAAUUCUGCUCAUUAACACUUGAAAUCUAAUCCGUUACUAAUAGAGUGAAUAAAAAUGGCAGAUAAUAACAUA